CUCUGUAGACCAGGCUGGCCUCAAACUCACAGAGAUCCACCUGCCUUUGCCUCCCGAGUGCUGGGAUUAAAGGUGUGCGCCACAAGACUUACGUAGCUUUUCUUCAGUGUUAGGUAAUGGUAUUUGUUUUUUCAUACUACAGCUUUUCAUAUGUUCUUAGAGAUUUCAUCAUUCUGCAGAAAGAAGAUUUAUUGGCUCAAAAAUAUGGGCAUCCAUAUUCAUUUUUAUAUUCGAAGUAUUUUCUGCCUGGGGCCUGGGGCCUGGGGCCUGGGGCCUCUACAUAGGUAUGCACUGUCAUUGAAUUAGAUUUAGAUGUGUUUGUAAAACGUUGGGAGUAACUUCCGCAUAGUCCAGUUUCCUCUUGGGAAUGAAGAGUUUUCUGAGGCCAGAAUCUUUCAUCACUGGUUGCCAAAUGUGCCCUUGACUCCAGCAGAGCGCUGUGGUUUCUGAAUCCUUCUGUAGAAGACUGGUUUCAGACAGACUCUCGGAAGUGUGUGUUGUUAAGCCACCAAGUCCAGAUUAAAACCACACCCUUUAAGUAAAGCACACUGUGUAUUUGGGUGCUUUUGAGAACUGGAAACCAAAUGUCCAUUGUGAUACGGUGAUAUGUGAUAUUUCUGAUUGAAAGGCUGGUAAUUAACAUUUAAGCAUGCCGCGUUUUCUUAGUAGCAGGCAGGAGAGAAUAACCCCAGAGGAAUGUGGAUCGCUUGCGGCUAACCAGGACCUGUUCAUCUGGUUAGUUCGUCCAUGCUCUUGAGAAAAGGCCUUAUUCUUGGAUCCUAGUUGGCUAACUUGAACCAGGAGGAUUCAGGCUUUUAAACCUAAACUGAAUCUAGUGAUUGAUAUGAAGCAGGAGUUUAAAUGUCCCUGGUCAUCAGCUGCCCCCAUUGACUCACCCGUGGCUGUGCGUGUUAUUUUCUGAACUGGUGUAGACGUGCGUGUGACAAAAGAUUCAUUCAUCCACUCAGCAAACACACCCUACAGGCCCCUGUGGACCAGUAGCCGGCCUUUGCUUCUAAACUGCUGUGCUCCAUGCUGCCUUAGCUUUGAAAUAUAUUAAGAUUUUUGUGUAAAGACAUACUUCAGAGAAGGUCUGAUGAGGUGGAUUUCCAAUUUUCUUGUAAAGAUUUAUCUUACUACUUCAAAAAUUGUAUCUAAUAUGUGUUUGUGUCGGGGGAGAGUAUGUACACAUGGAUUCCAGAAGACAGGCAUUGGAUUCCCUAGAGCUGGAGUUACAGUUAUGAACCCCCCAACAUGGGUAACUGGGAACUGAAUUCAGGUCCUCUGAAAGGGCAGUGGAGGUCAGAGGACCGCUUGUAGGAAUCAGUUCUCCUUUCCCCAUGUGGAUUUCAAGGAUCAAACUCAGGUUGUCAGGGUUGGUGGCCGGUGACUCUACUCUUUCUGUGAAUUUUGUGGCUGUUCUCCAAGUGUCUACCACCCACACUCUGCUGCCAGUCAUUAAUCUUUGAAGGUUCUGUUUCAUAGAGACUGGCUUUCAUUGCCAAGGCCAUUUUGAGAAUCCAGUCCACUUAGAUAAGUCUGAGUGGUCCUUGAGUUUGAAAGGUUAGUUUGGAUUCCUCAUCUCCACAGUUUGGGGCCAGGCUUCUCUCCUAGGAGCAGCAUCUGUUGGGAAUGCUAUUUCUAUCAAGACUUUAACAUGCAGACCCAGCUGCCAAAGCCAAAUGCUCUGAAAAGAUGUCAAAAGGUGAGCCCCCCUCGGUUUAGUCAGGGUAUUAUGUGGUCAGGAAGUAGGGCCAGGGCUUACCUUUAGAAAGAAAGCACCGAGGGUGCUCUAGACAGUAAAUAUUUGAAUUAAAGGUUUAUUUUUAUUUUUCAUUAUGUGUGUGCGCCUGUAUUAGGGGUAUGUGCAUGUGAGUGCAAGUAACCAGAGAGGCCAGAGAAGAGUGUUGGAUCCCCUGGAGCUGGAAUUACAGGCAUUUAAACCACCCAGCGCAGGAACUGAACUCAGGCCCUCUGCAAGAGUAAUGCAUGCUCUUAACUACUGCACCAUCUGUCCAGCCCUGAUCUCCAAACUUUGUUAAGACCCGGAUGCAGAGUCUACAGCCUGACCCAGCCGCCCGCUAUCGAAACGUGUUGGAGGCCCUCUGGAGAAUUAUAAGAACAGAGGGCCUGUGGAGGCCCAUGCGGGGGCUGAAUGUCACAGCAACAGGCGCGGGGCCUGCCCACGCCCUCUAUUUUGCCUGCUACGAAAAGUUAAAAAAGACAUUGAGUGAUGUAAUCCAUCCAGGGGGCAAUAGCCAUAUUGCCAAUGGUAUUGAGCCUUCCUGUGCUGGUCCCCCACUUCCCCAACUCUCUGGGCUUUGCUGCUGUCAGUGCUUCCCAGUCUCAGCAUGGUUUGGAGCUGCAGCUUUGGGCUGGGGUGCAGCCGGAUGUGUGGCAACAUUACUUCAUGAUGCAGCCAUGAAUCCAGCGGAAGUGGUCAAGCAGAGGAUGCAGAUGUACAACUCACCGUACCACCGGGUGACAGACUGUGUACGGGCAGUGUGGCAAAAUGAAGGGGCUGGGGCCUUUUACCGCAGCUACACCACCCAGCUGACCAUGAAUGUCCCCUUCCAAGCCAUUCACUUCAUGACCUACGAGUUCCUGCAAGAGCACUUUAAUCCCCAGAGACGGUACAACCCCAGCUCCCACAUGCUCUCCGGAGCCUGUGCAGGAGCCGUAGCGGCCGCCGCUACAACCCCACUGGACGUCUGCAAAACACUGCUCAACACCCAGGAACCCCUGGCUUUGAACUCAAACAUUACAGGACACAUCACAGGCAUGGCUAGUGCCUUCAGGACGGUUUAUCAAGUAGGCGGGCUGACUGCCUACUUCCGAGGGGUGCAGGCCAGAGUCAUUUACCAGAUCCCCUCCACGGCCAUUGCGUGGUCUGUGUAUGAAUUCUUCAAAUACCUAAUCACAAAGCGGCAGGACGAGUGGAGGGCCGCCAAGUGAGGAAGGACAGAGUGGACCAGGCUCUGAUGGCUCCGACGGCAUCGCUGCAUCCUGCCCUCCAGCACAUUCUCUGCUCACGGCCCAUCCAGUCGCGAGUGGAGUUGGACGAGAGGGAGAGGGCUCGCUCCAGGCUCUAGUUGGCUAACACUAGUUCUUGCCGACGUCUGUUGCCACCACCGUCUGUCCUCCUGGGUCCUCAGCAAGUUCGGCAAAGCCCACCGCAGUACCUCUGGUGACCUGCUCCAGACCGUUGCAGAGGGAUAAGCAGCACAUUCCCCUGGUUCCUAAUUAAAAAGAAAAAAGUCUUUAAA